CUGACACCCAGAAGUCAUAUCGGGUCUAACCCGAUUACCAGACCUGUUAUGGGCUGCCGUUUUACUUCCACUGCAAAGUGCAAAUAGAAAUAAGGUUUUGUUAUCGAAUGUAGGCGGGAAUUGAACAAGAGUAAUCUUCUAUUGUGUCUAGUUCUAUGACAUGGGUUAACUGCUUUUGGAAUCUACAUAAGCUGAUACAUAAGAAUCCUGUCUCUCUCAAAUCUCAGUCCCAUGCACACCAGUUGUUUGAUAUUAUGACAAUUCCAAUGUAGUACCCAGUCUUUCUCAUUACGUCUUAAAAGCAACAGACAAGUAAUUGUUACAGUCCUCACUUGUUAGAAAUGUUUGUUAAUCGGUUUUUGCCUCCUAUAAACCUCUCAAAAACCUUAGCCCAGUUGCAAACUCGUUUUUAUGUGCGUGCUCCAUUCACCAACAAACUUACCCACUAUCUCCGCAGAGCACAACUUAUCGACUCUAUCAGGCUUGCUCUCCGUUCCAACUCACCCAACUCCUCUGCUCUUCUUAACGAUCGUCUUAUAGACUCCUUCAUUGUGAUUCACGCAAUUCGUUCCGCUCCCAAUGCGGACUGUGCGCUCCGCAUCAUUCAAAAUCUUGAAGCAAGUCCUCAUUUCUCGCAUACACAAGCUACCCUCCACGCCCUAGCCACAGUUUUAGCAAAGUCUCGACGAAGUGCUGAAUUUAAGACCCUCAUUGGCGACAUUAGUUCUGGUAGGUUUAGGAAUUGUAGUGUUAGUUUUAUGAACCUCAUGCAAUGGUAUAGUGCAAUUGGUGACCUUGACCUGGUUACAAAUACAUGGAAUGAGUAUAGACAAACGGAGAAGCGUGCGUGCACCGAGUCUUAUAACAUUGUAAUGAGCGUUUAUGCAAAAAAGGGUAAAAAUUUUGAAGCUGUGGAGACAUUUAGCAAAAUAAUUGAUGAAGGAGCGAUUCCAAAUUCCAGGACUUAUACUGUUAUGAUUGAUCACCUUGUAAGUUGCGGAAAAUUGGAUUCAGCAAUGAAGAUUUUUACUAUAUUGCCGUUGAUGAGGAUAAAGAGGACGUUGAAGCAGUUUUCUGUAUUGGUGGAGCGAUUUGUUGGGGUUGGGCAGUUUGAUGAGGUUAAAACAUUGCUCAAUGAAAUGCGGAAUGAUGGGAAGUUUCCUGGUAGGUCCAUGCGUGUGUCUUUGCAAUGUAUGCAGGAGGCUGGGUUUGUUGAGGAGACUGAUGAUAUUCUGAGGGAAAUGUUACCAGAUGAGAGAAUAAAGAGUGUACAAUAUUGUGAGGAUAGUAGUGAUGAGGAUGAGGAUGGCAUUUUUAAUAAUGAUUGUGGGGAGGGAAAGGUGGAUGAAAUUCAAUUGAAACCAUGGUUGGAUCCAAAAGAAUUGGCAAAUGCAUUAAAUGAAUGGAGCCCUGAGGUGGUAUCUGUGUUGGAGGAUGCUAAAUUUGUGUGGACAACUAGGUUGGUUUGCAAGGUUCUUAGGCAUUUCAAAUCACCAGAAACUGCGUGGGAUUUCUUCUGUUGGGUUGCUUAUCAGCCAGGGUAUACUCAUGAUGUUUACGCAGUGGAAAGGAUGAUGGCUAUUUUAACACGUCGUGGACAUGUUGAAUUGGUUGACAGACUCAUAUCCAAAAUAAGAAGGGAGGGAAUAAGGUUGCACUUCAGCACUAUCAGGUUAAUCAUUGAUUUUUAUGGCGUUUCUAAGAAAGCUGAUGCAGCUUUAAAAGUCUUUUAUGAUGAUAGAACACUCUGUGGUCCAGUUUCAAAAUUUAACUUGAUGCUGUUAUAUUCAUCUCUAUUGCGAACGUUGACCAAGUGUAAGAGGAAUUCUGAUGCCAUAAAUGUACUUGAAGAAAUGAUUUUAAGUGGUGUUUGCCCUGAUAUUCAAACAUUUUCGGGGUUGAUGUAUCAUUUUGCACUGCAGGGAGAUAUUAAAACUGUACAGAAGUUGUUCACAAUGGUUAGGCAGAGUGGUGUAGAGCCAGAUGCUUAUAUGUAUAAGGUCCUAAUUCAAGCUUAUUGCAAAUGUGAGAGAGCUGCUCUUGCAUAUAGGGUUUUUGAAGACCUCAGCAAUUCUAAUUUGACGCCUGAUGCUGCUACCAAGGAAUUGCUUGUGAAGAGUCUUUGGAAGGAAGGCAAGCGAAAAGAGGCUGCUUUUGUAGAAGAGAGAUGUGAGGAGAUAAAUGAUGUCCUUCCACUGGCAUUGCGUGGUCAUAUAUGGACAGUUAACUCUGCGGAUCUCACAAGAGUUUAUAAUAUUUAUUUGAACAGUUUCUCGUCAAUGAGCAGUUAAAUUUUGGAAAACAAUGAUAUUUUAUAAAGCCAAAUAUUAAUACCUUUGUCUCGAUGGUUUCUUUCUCAAUUUAGGUUUUGUUCUGUACUCGGCUUCUUUUUAUCACG